ACUUCCCAAACGAGCCUUAGUGUGUGGAGGAAUUUCCCUCAGUUUGUCUCAGAGAAGCAGCCCAUCUCACAGACGCAACUGUCUCCCUUUCGCUCAAAAAAUACCGAACUUGUACAGCAAUUCAAGCUCCCUCGCUUACGCCCUGCUACAGUCUUCUUCUUCUUCUUCUUCUUCUUCUUCUUCACAGAAACCCUCCAAAUCCAAACAGCACAUACAUAUAUUCCUAUAUCUAUAUCUAUAUUUUUCUCGAAUUGACUUGAAUCCAAUUCGAUUUGGAUUUUAUUUGUUUUUUUGGUUGGAGGGUUUUGGUUAGACAAGGUAAGUAGAUGAAGCCAAUCAGGCUUCCCGAACCUCCCGGAAGCCCCAUCCAGGGCUUGCCUGACAUCUUCGAAGGCGGCGUUUACGGUGUCAUCAGACGCGCCGUCGUCAUCGGCAACGGUUUUCCUGCUUCCGAGAACCAAAGCAUCGGCCUUAUUCGCGCCCUCGGCCUCUCCGAGAAACAAACGCUAUACCGAGUUACAAGGCCAAGAGGAGGAGUCAAUGAGUGGCUUCACUGGCUCCCAGUUUCUCUCCACAAAAAGUUAGAUUACAUCAUCAGGCAGAUUUAUGGUUACUCGCGAAUUUCGUUAGCUGGCAGAGGGAAGAAACUUGUCUCUCGGCCUAUCGAAAAUGGUGGCAGUGUGGGCUUAUCAUCUGUCUUAGAAGCUGAUGUCAAGAACAUUGUGACCAUGGCUCAUGAGACUUUUGAGAAGGACGGCCCUUUACUGGUGGUUGCGUCAGGUAGAGAUACCAUAUCAGUUGCAAGUGCCAUAAAGAGAUUAGCAUCUGAAAUUGUGUUUGUUGUUCAGAUUCAACACCCAAGGACCCAUUUAGAAAGAUUUGACAUGGUCAUCACUCCUCAUCAUGAUUAUUAUCCUUUGACUGCUCAUGCACAAGAGCAGAUUCCUCGGUUUCUCCACAAGUGGAUAACUCCACGUGAAGCUCCUGAUAGGCAUGUGGUCCGCACUGUAGGAGCUCUUCAUCAAGUUGAUUUUGCUGCACUGCGGGGUGCAGCUAAUGCCUGGCAUGAUGAGUUUGCACCUCUGCCAAAGCCCUUACUCGUGGUUAACAUUGGAGGACCUACAAGCCAUUGUCGAUAUGGUGUGGACCUUGCAAAGCAGUUGACAACCUCUCUGCAAAAUGUUCUAGUGAGCUGCGGGAGUGUAAGAAUAUCUUUCACAAGGAGAACACCUGAGAAGAUUUCCAACAUUAUACUGAAAGAACUUGGAAACCAUCCUAAAAUUUAUAUCUGGAAUUGUGAAGAACCAAAUCCGCACAUGGGCCAUUUAGCUUGGGCUGAUGCUUUUGUCAUUACGGCUGAUUCUGUCAGUAUGUUGAGUGAAGCUUGCAGCACCGGGAAGCCUGUGUAUGUCAUUGGAGCUGAACGUUGUACCUGGAAGUUUGUGGAGUUCCAUAAAUCUCUGAGGGAACGAGGUCUGGUGCGGCCGUUUACUGGUCUUGAGGAUAUAUAAAAUUUUGAACACAUUAGGUUUGUUCAACUCUGUAUUUAUAAACAUGAUGAAAUUGAUGAAUUUGAAAUGACGAUGAGCGACGAAAGUUCAAGACUGACAAUGAAGAUGAACGGCGAAGAUGGAGGACGAAUGAACACUAAUCAGUGAUCUAAAACGACGAGACGACGAGAUGAGAAACGACGAGAGUUCAACACCAACUAUAGAGAUCAACGCCGACGAAGAUGGAGGUCGGCGAUGGAGAUUAAGACCGACGAAGAUGGUCUUUGUUGGUCUCUGUUCUAAAGAUUUUGGGGUUUUUGUUGUGUGUAGUGAUGAAAAUGAAGAGUUUUUGGUGUGUGUAAUAGUGUGUAUUCAAAUAGCUAGUGGUGUGUUAAUAUAGGGUUAGUAAUGGAAAGUUAAGGUGUGAACUAAUAUAUUUUUGAAUCCUAAAAAUUAUUUUGUGUGUACUAAGUAAUGGUGUGUAUUGAAUUAUACGUGGUGUGUAUAUAGAAUCAUCCAGUGUUUUAUUUAUUUAUUUUCUCUUUUGAAAUUAAAAUUCAUUUUUCUGGUUAAAAAUGUUGAGGUAACGCUUGUAGAAAUACAUUUGUAGGUACUUAUGCUAGAUGCGAAUUGCAAAGGUCUUGUUGGCCAGUUCUCCUUCCUUUUACACCAAUAAUCUUGAAAUAGUUGGAUUUUGUUUUUACCAAUUAUUAU